CUUUAAGAAUGUUUUAUAGUUUGUUUAAUAAAAUCAGUAACAACUCAAAAAAAAUACUUUGUAUGGAUAAAACAAUGUCAAAUACGUCAAAUUAGUUGAUGUUUGUAAUAGACUAUCAAUAAAAAACAAAAUCAAAAUCUUGACAAACAUAUCUAAAUAUGGUGGUUGGAACAAUGAUAGAUGUUUAUGACCAAUUAGUGCAGAACUUUUUUCUUCUUUUUCUGCAUACACUCAUCUCUCUCUCUCUCUCUCUCUCUCUCUCUCUCUCCAACACAAGGAAAGGCAUAACAGUAGCGCCCAUAGUUUUUCUUUAAUCCUUUUAGUAAAGAUCCUAAAUAUAUAUCUCCUUUUCUUGUUCAUGUUUUUUCUUCAACUGGAUGCACUUCUAUAUUUACUUCAUUCGACGAAUCAAGUGUAAGUUUGAUUUCCGCAUUUCUUGCUCUCCCUUUAAACUUGCAUUCAUUUGUCAGCCUUUUUUACUGUAUAUUUACUUACCCUUUUGUGUUCUUCCUCUGACCUCUAAAGCUUUCUUUUUUAAGCUAAUCAUCGAAUCUUUCUUGACAAAUUCCAUCUGUUGUUGUUUUGCCACACUGUAUCUUCAUUCCAAACACAUAUUAGAUACUCACAUAAAUCGAAUCUUUUCUUGAUCUCAAACGGAAGAUUGUACUUAUGUUAAAAAACAUCAAGAUGCAAGAACUUCUAUGUGUUUUGUAUUCCGUCAGUGUGUGUGAAUAAUCGACAUGUGGUUUGCAUCAUGGGUUAUGACCUACAAAUAUUAUAUGCUUUUUUUUUUAAUACUUUGAGUCAUUGUUAAAAGUGAAUCUACUUUAUGAGUAUUUUUUUUAUAUCUAUGGCGUACUUAUGAUAAACAAGAUGUCUUCAAUUAUGAAUUCUCAGAUCAAUUAUUACUUCGCUCGAAUGAGGUCCAUAUCUUCAACACCAACAUAUCUGAUCACUGAUCUACCCAUCAAGAUUCUAAAACAUGCAUUAUGUUAUGCGGAUCCAAGACUGAAUUAACAUCGAUGUGAAUUUUUAUGCAGAGUUUAUAAAUUAAUGAGAAAAAAUGACGACGAGUAGAGAGAUCUGAUGAUAUAACGAUGCCAGACAGCUAUGGUUUGCACUGCAAAUGAUUUAUUAGAGUGGAAAGAUUUUCCGAAGGGUCUUAGAGUCUUGCUCCUUGAUGAAGAUAUCGAUUCUGCAAAUGUAAUAAAAUCGAAACUUGAAGAAAUGGAUUAUGUUGUUUCUGCUUUCUAUAGUGAGAAUGAUGCGUUGUCAGCGAUUUCAGAAAAAUCUAAAGGCUUCCAUGUAGCUAUAGUAGAGGUGAGAGCAGGUAAUGAAGAUGGAAGAUUUAAGUUUCUUGAAAAGGCGAAAGACUUGCCUACAAUCAUGACUUCAGAUGUGAAUUGCAUCAGUACCAUGAUGAAGUGCAUAGCACUUGGUGCAGUUGAGUUCCUUGAGAAACCAUUGUCUGAAGAUAAACUCCGAAACAUAUGGCAACAUGUGGCUCACAAGGCUUUCAAUGCGGGACCUAAGGAUGAAAAUGAAGCGUUGAAAUCCGAGGAAGCUUUGAUUCUUUUGGAAAAAUUGAAGCAAGGAAUGAGGCAUGUUGAUAAUGAAGAUCAAACGAAUCUCUCAACUGAGAAAGAGUGUGUAGAACAUGAUGGUGAGUCCAAAUUCGUCGAAAUCACCUGUGAUGAUCGUUUAGUUGUUGAUAAUGUUAUGGAGACAAACUUCUCAAAAAGUUUGGAAGAGGGAAUCAACAAGACUUCAAGUAAUGAAUGUUGCCCCGAUCCAAAUGAUGGUAAGAAGCAAAACGAAGCAUCCGAGCAUCCAAUUUCACGUUCUAGUAAAUCUGGUCGAAGAAAGGUCAAGGUAGAUUGGAGUAGUGAACUACACAAGAAAUUCGUACAAGCCGUGGAGCAACUUGGUGUUGAUCAAGCCAUACCUUCACGUAUAUUAGAACUUAUGAACGUAGAGGGCUUAACUAGGCAUAAUGUCGCAAGUCAUCUCCAGAAAUAUAGAUUACAACGGAGACAUAUUUUGCCCAAGGAGAGUGGCCGAAAAUGGCCUCAAACUAGACACCAUUCAACAUCAAGAAACUACUAUCCACAAAAGCCCAUUAUGGCCUACCCUCCUCCAUAUCAUUCUAACCAAGUAUAUCCUAGUUGGCCACCUCCACCCAACUACCCUCCUCCACCUCAGACGUGGGGCCCACCAUAUUAUCCAGCAUGGCAUUCUCCUGUAAGUUGGUUGUGGAAUCCCUAUCCAGAGACACAAGCUGAAACUUGGGGUUGCCCAACCAUCCCAUCUCACCCAUCUUUUCCUCAAAAUGUUUCACAAUUUCAGAGUAACCAAACCAUGCCAAAGAAUUCAUUUGACCAGUAUCCGGGAGAUGAAGUCAUUGACAAGGUGGUGAAGGAAGCAAUAAAUAAGCCAUGGCUGCCAUUGCCUUUGGGCCUGAAACCUCCAUCUACUGAAAGUGUCAUAUCAGAACUUACCAAACAAGGGAUCUCAACCGUUCCUCCCAAAAUCAACGGCUGUCAUUGAUGUUGAUCCUGAUGUCAGCCUCUGUACACAAUUGAUGUGUAUGAUCUCAAUAAAUUAACUCUGAUCUUAUACAAUGUUGUUCACGAGAGUUCGAUGAUGUGGUUGUAAAUAGAUCUUGACUAAGCAUUUGAUUCGUGGGCCCACACAUUUUGAAUGUGAGCCCCACAUAUUGUGGGGCGCAUGUUAGUGGCGGUGAAUAACUGGCCAUGUGUAAUAAAGGUUGUACAUCUUUGAAGAGAUGCCUAUUGGGUUGGGUUGGGGGUUGGGUGGGGCUAUAAAAGGGACGUGUCAAAAACUCAAAAUGGUCCCAUUUUUCAUCUUAAAUUCUGCCACUUUGAUUUUUCCUGACCAAUACUUGAUUGGCUUAAUGCUGUGUUUUAGCUUUUUACCAUUGUCAAAAAAAGAAUACCAG